UGAUGGACAGAUAAUCAGUACCAAUAAAGACAUGUCCGUUGACGCCAUCAAGCACAACUCCGUUAAAACAGAAGACGUCUUAGUUCAAGGGGCCGUAGUCACUGGGGAUGGAAAGGAAGAAUGUUGUUUACCAACCGUUCAGGGACACUGCCAUGAUUUAAGAUACAUAACUCCAGCCACCAUGAAUCAUGUUUUAAACGGUAAAUACGAUGAUACAAUUGGAAGCGUUCGUAUACUUGACAGUAGAUACUCGUAUGAGUUUGAAGGUGGUCACAUACCAGGCGCUGAAAAUAUUCAUAAUAAGGACGAUAUUUUAGAACUAUUAAAAAAUCCAAAAACAUCCCGCUCAGAUGGAAAGCGUGACAUAAUUAUUUUCCAUUGUGAGUUUUCUUCCGAGAGAGGACCAAAAAUGUGCCGCUUUCUUCGUAAUCAUGAUAGAGAAUUAAAUGCUGAAAAUUAUCCUUCCCUGUAUUUUCCUGAACUUUACAUUCUAAAGGGAGGAUACAAAGAGUUUUAUGGAAGUUAUAAGACAUUGUGUACUCCCAUGGAUUACGUGCCAAUGUUGAGCAAAGAUCACAAAGACGAUUUGCGUCAUUUCCGGUCCAAAUCUAAAUCAUGGUAUGCUGGCCAAAAACGACUGAAAUCAUCCUCCGGUCGUUUGUUUUAUUGACAUG